AUGGCUCUCAACAGCACCACGGGAGUGGGGUCCCCCGUGGAAGCAACAACGCCCCCAAGAGAGACCCUUGAUGCGCUGCAGCUGGAGGUAUGCAGGCUGCGCGAGGAGAAGCGGCUGGCGGGUGAAAUUUUCUCAGAGACAAUUUGCAGCUAUGAAGAGGAAGUGCGGCAGCUCAAGGAGGCUCUUGCUGCUGCGCAGCAGCAGCCGAAAUCCCGCACGCUAGCAGCAGCAACAGCAGCAGCAGCAACAGCAGCAGCAACAGCAGCAGCAGCAGCGGCGCGAGGAACCCGCUCGUCUUCUCAGCCAAGAAGUCGAGCGCGAGACAAGGCCGCAGCAGCAGAUGCAGCAGCAGCCGCAGUGGCAGCAACAACAGGUUCAACAUCAUCAGCAGCAGCAGCAGCUGCUGCUGCUGCUGCUGUUGCUGCUGCUGCUGACAGCCAGCUACCCUUCUCGCGUUCGCAGUCCUCCACCAUAGCUGGCAGCAGCAGCAGCGAGCAGCAAGACACAUCAUCAGCAGCAGCAGCAGCAGCAGCAGCUGCUGCUGCUGCUGCUGCUGCUGCUGACGAUGAAGAUGAUGAUGAGGCCCCCCUAUUCUCAAGGGGGCCCCCAUCAAAAGCUUCCCUUACCCGUUUUGGGUCCAUGCCGGAGACCCCCAAGUGGCGGGGGGCCCCCAGGGGGGCCCCCAGGGGGGCCCCCAGUUUCUUUUCGAGGAAGCAAACUUCCGAGUCCCUUGAGGGAAAGUCUUUGGAGCGGGAACCGCCCAGGACCGGAAGUCAUGGGGCCCAAAGGCUGCAGGGCUCUCGAUCUUGGAAGACACUUCUUUUUAGCAAGGACCGUUUUGGCAGCGGCAAAACCCUAAUGGCUGCAGACUCUAGCCAGCCCCCGCCUCUUUCCUCUUGGCGCUACAGCUGCAUUCGCCAUUUGGGCAGUCCGCCCCGUGGGGGCCCCUCGGGGGGCCCCCAGGGGGCCCCCCAGGGGGGCCCCCCGGGGGCCCCCAGGGGGGGCCCCACUCGGGGGGCCCCCUCCUCUGCUGUGUGGGUGGACAGCAUUUUGGCGGAGUGGGACAGGCAAAAGGAGACAGCCGAAUUUGAGUUAAUGCUGCAGCAAGGAGUGCCUCACGACGUGAGGGGAGAAGUGUGGAAGAGAGCUCUGGGGGACCAGCUGCGCCUGAGCCCCCGCUACUACGAGUUGCUGCUGGCGCGAAUGAACACAGCGCGAAGACAUUUGCUGCUGACAAAUGCAAAGUACAGAGAGAGAAUAGAAUGCAUAGGGGGGGCCCCCCUGCCGGCUGUGGGGGCCCCCCCCCAGGGGCCCCGCAGCGGGGGGGCCCCCCUGGACCCCAAACAGGGGCCCCCAAGUGACGCGCCCGCCGUCUGCAGCAGAUGUGGGGCCCCCCGAGAGUCCGUUUCCGCGAACAGUGACGGCAGCAGCAGCAGCAGCAACAGCAGCAGCAGCAGCAGCAGCAGCACGGGCUGCUUCAUGUGGGAAGAUGAGGUAUUUAGUUCGUUUCUGGCCAUCUCUGCGGACCUUCACCGCACUUUGCCGCGUUUGGGCCUUUUCAGUUCUUCGGGGUCUUCUGCUGCAGCAAAGACACAGCCAGGAGACGCAGCAGCAGAAGCAGCAGCAGAAGCAGCAGCAACAACAGGUCCCGCUGCUGCUGCUGCUGCUGCUGGGCACGGGAAAGAGGGGGAGGGAGCUGUCUCUGGCGAUGCGUCGGCGCCGCGUGAGGCCUCAUCUGGAGACGACGCAGCAGCAGCAGCAGCAGCAGCAGUGGCUGCUGCUGCUGCUUCCGACCCCUUGCCGUCCGACGUGGAUAGCAGCAGCAGCAAGAGCAGCACAAGCACCAGCAGCAGCAGCGGGAGCAGCAGCAGCAGGCGAGAAGGCGCCUGUAUCGGAGCGGGUUUGCCCAGCUCGGCCGCUGCUGCAGGAGCUGCUGCUGCUGCUGCUGCUGCUGCUGUGAAAGAGCCAUUUGGGCCCCGCGGUUCCCACGCUGCUGCUGCUGAGUCAUCAGUUGCUGGCGGCCCCCCCGAGAGCCCCCCAGCGGCCCCCGGGGGCCCCGCGGGGCCCCCCGGGGCCCCGCCCGGGGGCCCCCCCGGGGGCCCCCCGGGGGCCCCCGGGGGCCCCAGCGCAGGCGCGGGGGCCCCCAACCUCCCCCCCCCUUCGCAGGCAGUGACUCCUGUACCCUUUGGAGUGUCUUGGGGGGACCGAAUGGAACCUUUUUUGCAAAAUGUUUUGGAAGUUUUUGUGAUGCUGCGGCCGGACUUGGGUUAUGUGCAAGGAAUGGCAUUUGUUGCUGCGACGCUGCUGCUGUACAUGGACGAGUACUCGGCCUUCGUCUGCUUCGCCAACCUCAUGCUGCGGCCGUCGCUGCAUGCGUUUUACACCUUCGACAUGGCCACAGUCCAGGGCUACUUCCGCACUUUCGAUUUGCUGCUGAGGGAGAAGCACCCGCUGCUGCUGCAGCACUUUCAGCAGAUUGGACUUCAAACUGACGUUUUCCUUGUGGACUGGAUGUACACCUUAUUCACUAGGUGUCUUCCUUUUGAGCUCCUAGGCCGCGUGUGGGACUUGUUCAUCAUUAAAGGAGAUGUUCUUCUCUUCCAGGCAUCGCUCGCGAUUGUGUCUUACUUCCAUGAAGAGCUGCAAAAAGGAUCGCUAGAUGAAUGCAUGGCCAUCCUUUCUCCCUCCACGACAACACGCUUCCAAGCCAUACAUUCUGAGCGUUUUCUCUCGCUUCUGUUUGGCAUAGAAUUGACCCCUCAGCGUUUGGAAAGUCUUAUGUCAGAAGUUCAAAAAACUUUAAAUGAAAAAAGAAAAAAAGAACAAUUGGGGCCCCCAGAAGGCCCCCACCGUUCGGCGAUGCAGCAGCUCAACGGCGGCGGCGCAGCAGCAGCUCCCGCUGCAGCAGAAACUGCUGCUGCUGCUGCAGAAACUGCCGCUGCUGCUGCUGCAGAAACGCCGGAUGCAGCAGCAACAGCAGCAAAUGAUCUAUCUGAACACGCAGAGGGGGCCCCAAAAGAACAUUCGGGGGGCCCCUCCUCGCGCAUGCGUCUGCGUUCCUUUACUUGGACUGCUGAGGGGCCUGAAGGCGAGUAG